UGCUUUUAAAAAGUAAAAGUAUUUACCUAUCUUUGUAUUUUUGAUCAAUAUUAAAAAUCAAUCUUUCUGUCCUAUAAUGCAGAUAGUUAAAACACCUCUAAGUUAUGAUUUUGUUACAUGUCAAUCACUGAUACUAAAUGUUUUAUUUUAAGACACUCGGAAAGAGGUGUCACUCCUUGUUGAAUUAAUCCCCCAAACCCCAAAAUGCUGAAGUGGAUGAGGUUGUUACGCUCCAUAAAAUCAGAUCGGAGUGGUCAUCUGUCUUUUACGAACUCUUCGAUGAUUUCUCUAAUUUCCCUGCGGCUGUAGCGCGUGACAACUUAAGAGAACGACGAAAGUUCAAGUGCAAGAAAAAGAAAAAAGUUAAAAGAUCAACACCUGUCUCGGAAUGAACCCCUGUUGGAUAACAGACUUUGAUUGGUUGGAUUUCUGAACCUUUAAAACUUAAGUGCUGAGGUAAAGAUGGAAUGUUCCCUGCAGAAGCUGAAGAACUACAUUCUGAAUGAAGAGGCUGACAGUACAUGCAUGUCAGCUGUUUGUGCUGCAGCUGUGUGUUGACCGAGAGGCUCCAGCGAGACUUGUCCUCCACCGCAGAGCUCUCCAUCAUUCUUCUGCAUCGUCACAGGAAUCUUACAGACUAAAGCAGACAUGAAGUUCCUCAGGGUGUUCCUGACUGCUUGCAGCUUUCUGUCCGGUGAGGAACCUGAUUUAUGAAACAUUUAUGUCAGUUUCAUCUCACUUUGAUAGUUUAUUCACCAGAAUAAAAGUUUUAAAAGUGCUCACCUUUUUUUUUUUUAGAUUUUCCUUUAAAAUCACAUCAUGUUUUUUUUUUAUUUUAGUCAUUUUAUUAGUAUUUUCUUUUAUAAUUUUGCUUCUUUUGUAUUUUGAAGACACAUCAAAGGGAUAGAGAAGUUUCUACGUUCUCCUCCGUCGUUUUAAGCUCUCCUCAAAGACAAAAAUUCAUUCUUCUUUCAGGUGCAGCUUCCACUAGUCAAACAUUCAGAAGUUCUGGGGAGAUUAACAUCAGUUCUUGCCCCAUUCACUUCUACGGACAGAGAUACGAGAAAGCUUAUGUGGACUUCAGCGCAGACGGGUUUGCGCUCUGCUUCAAAGCCUCGUACGGUCAAGGGAUCGACAACGACUGCAUCCUGAUGUCCGGUGGGACGGCGGACUGAGGGGACCUGUCGGUGCUCACGAAGGAAAUCCCAACCGGAUCCGGAGUCCACAAACUUCUGCCCAACCUCCAGUCUGCAGGGAAAUGUGUCAACGUCAUCCCGCUGAAGGACAGCAACAUGUCCCAGGUUCAGCAAGUCGAACUCGGAAAUUUUGGAGCUCAAUCAAUCCUGGGAAUCAGGACAUAUUCUGGAUAUAACGACGACAGCGUGGAAGCAGAUGCUCUUGUCAACGGCCUCUGGGUUUCCAGACAGACGUUCCAGGCGUCUGAAACAAACAGAGGCGUCAUUACUGACAUGAGUGGAUGCAGACUCUCAGGCUCGGUUUAUCUGACCAACACGACCAUUCAGGACCCGAGCACCUGCUCCACCAUAACCUGCGAUGCCAACGGGGUUGCAACAGCCGUCUCUGACUGUGGACCUACAGAGCGUUGCCGUGGUGACGGGAGCUGUGCCUUGAACUUUGUGUGCUCCGUGACCGGCUCCACCAUCAUCGACUUCAGUGGACGGCUGAACUCCGUCCCUGACCGCUGUGGGUACUCUCUGCUGAGCUCCCCCUCCCUGCCUGGCCUGCAGGUGAUGGGGGUCCUCAAGGAGAGGCGACGCAGAGACAUGAGCUUUCUGGAUCAGGUGAUCCUGAGUCUGGAUGGGAACCUGAUUUCUCUGGAGCAAGGUGGCAGAGUUAAGCUCGACGGCAGAGAUCUGCUGCUCAACUCUGAUCCUCAGCUCUUCCACGGUGUGGAGCUCUCCAAAGACCAGGCGGAUGUAAAGGCAAAGAUCACAGCCUCCAACUUCACAGUGACAGUCGUCUUUGAUGGAUCCACGGCAACGAUCCACCUGACAGGACCAAAUGGAGCAACUUUCCAGGGUUUAUGUGAAGAUUCAGCAACGACUUUGAGCCAAGUCAGAGUCUCUCAGUACAGCGCUGCAGACUGUAACACCAUCUAUGCAGAUGCUGCCGACAACUCCAUAAACUGCACCAACACGGCUCAAUGGUGUGGCGUCCUGCAGACGACGCCCUUUGACACGUGUAACUCCAACAUCGACCCUCAGCCCUUCAUCAGUGCCUGUUCAGAAACCUUGUGCAAAUACCCAUCACAGGACGGGCUGGAGUGCCAGUUCCUGGAGGCCUACGCCGAGGCCUGCCGACUCCACAGCAGUGUGAGGGUGGAGGGCUGGAGGAUGCCGACCAGCUGCUCUGGAGUACAGCGGGCAGCCUGUCAGAGCUGCAGCUCUCAUGAGUUCUGUGGUCUGGACACUCACAGUCAGAAGCUUCGCUGUCAUUGCCGCGCCAUUUUUGCCUCUAAGUACAAACCAACAGGCAGCUUUGGUGAGCCGUUGGUUUGUGAGAAGAAAUCUGCCUCGGUGGUUCUGGCCAACUGUCUCCUGGAGGACGAAAGCAUCGACUACACCACCUUACACCUCAAUGACCAGACCUGCAAAGGAGAAAUGGACAACGUGACCCACAUGGUGACCUUUGGCUUCGACACUGAGAGGCCAUGUGGAACCCUGAUCAUGGCGAACGACUCACAAAUCAUCUACAAGAACGCCAUCAUGACAAAGUCAGCGACGUCUGGCGCGAUCGUCCGUCAUGAGAAGCUGCAUGUGGACUUCUCCUGUUACCUCAGCCAACCAGAGGUGAAGAGUUUGGCCAUGCGGUUCAAGCACAGCUCGGUGAUCCAGCACGUUUCCUCUGGGGAGUGGAGCUACAAUCUGACCAUGAAAGCAUUCACCAGCUCAGACCUCACAACACAGUUAGAUGAAAGAAGCGAACUUGACCUGAACCAACAAAUCUGCGUGGAGCUGAAGACGGAGGGACUUGAUGGCAAUGCGGUUUCCGUGGUUACGGACUCCUGCUGGGCGACCGAUCAGCCGUCACCGACUGGAAACCUGAGAUACGACCUGGUGAAGAACGGCUGCCCCAACCCCAUUGAUGAAACCGUGAAGGUGACGGGCAACGGGCAGGGAACCUCCAACCACUUCUGCUUCAACACCUUCCAGUUUUCUGGCAGGAACAGCGAAGUCUUCCUGCACUGCAGAGUAGAGCUGUGCAUCAAACAGGGGGAUAACUGUGUCCAGAGGUGCAGUCUGGGCCGGAGGAGGCGGCGCUCGGCCCUACCCCGAUACGAGGACCGAAACCCCGCCCUCAUCUCUGUGGCCUGGAUGUUCUAGGUUUCUGUGGAAACUUAAGCCGUCCCAAAAUAAAGAAAAUGUUCCUGCACUUUUUACAUCCUUCAUUUAAAAUUCUAAUCAUGUGGAUUAACGUCUUUGAUCCAAAAUAGAAUUAAGUAAAUGUUUCUUUUAUGACUGUUCAGGUAUUUUCUUAUGUGGGAAAUGUUCUUUCAAUCCCUGAGCAGUCUGCAGUGUGGCCCCACAUGGUCCUGAAUGUCUAAAGCUCAGAUGAUCUCUGACAUGAUUUUAAAUAAAUUAUUUCAAAUUCA